UUGCCGAGCUGCGAAAGUGUGCAAAAGCAAAACGAAGAGAACGCAGCGCAGCCGAAAAAAAUUGAAGCAGCACUGCACGCGAUAUAUUUUGUAUUUUCAAAGGUUAAAGCCGCAUUCAAAGGCAUCCGACAAGCGCAUACGAAGUGCAAACGUGCCGGCCAGCCGCAACAUUUAAAGAUUUAAAGCAGCCGCAAAGCAAAAGACUGAUUUGAUUACAAGGAACUAAGAGCAGGAACGCGACGAUUCUGCCACUGCACACUGAAUUGAAUCCCAGAUAACACGGCAAACUGCAGUCGACGGGGAAUAGUCGGGAGUUGAAGGCUGGGCAGCAGCAGCAGGAGGGACAGGGACGGACGGCGAAGAACCACCAGAACCAAAACCAAAACAAAGCAGAUAAACCAGGAGGCACUGCGUCCGGCAACAUGGAAGAUCUUCUCGUGGAAGUUCGGCUCGACAAUGGCGCCUACUACAAGGGCCAGGUGACAGCUGUCGGCGAUGAUGGCAUCUUUGUGGAUGUGGACGGCGUGCCCGAGGUGAUGAAAUAUCCAUUUGUGAACGUCCGCCUGCCGCCCGAGGAAACCGUUGAGGUGGCCGCCCCGAUCUUUGAGGAGGGCAUGGAGGUGGAGGUGUUCACGCGCACGAACGAGCGCGAGACCUGCGGUUGGUGGGUGGCCAUCAUCAAAAUGCUCAAAGCAGAUAUCUGUGCGGUAGCGUACAUCGGUUUCGAGACGCCCUACACCGAAAUCUGCGAACUGGGCCGUCUGCGCGCCAAAAACUCGAAUCCGCCAAUUACAGCCAAGUCCUUCUACCAGUUCACGCUACCCGUUCCCGAAGAGUUGCGCGAAGAAGCCCAGAAGGAUGGCAUACACAAGGAGUUUCAGCGCAGAAUUGAUGCUGGCGUCUGCAACUACAGUCGCGAUCUGGACGCCCUGAUCGUCAUCUCCAAGUGGGAGCACACUCAGAAGCGUGCCAGCAUGCUCAAGGAUAUGCAUUUUCGUAAUCUCUCACAAAAGGUUAUGCUGUUGAAAAGGACUGAAGAAGCUGCUCGUCAGCUCGAAACGACUAAACUGAUGAGCCGUGGAAACUACGUUGAGGAGUUCCGUGUGCGUGACGAUCUCAUGGGCUUGGCCAUAGGCUCGCAUGGCUCGAAUAUACAAGCGGCACGCACGCUGGUCGGCGUCACCAACAUCGAGCUGGAGGAGAAGUCUUGCACAUUCAAGAUCAGCGGAGAGACCGAGGAGUCUGUGCAGCGUGCUCGUGCUAUGCUCGAGUAUGCCGAGGAGUUCUUCCAGGUGCCGAGGGAGCUGGUGGGUAAGGUGAUCGGCAAGAAUGGACGCAUCAUCCAGGAAAUUGUGGACAAAAGUGGCGUGUUUCGAAUCAAGGUGAGUGCUAUCGCUGGCGACGACGAACAGGACCAGAACAUCCCACGUGAGCUGGCGCACGUACCCUUUGUGUUCAUUGGUACCGUGGAGAGCAUUGCGAAUGCCAAAGUGCUGUUGGAGUAUCAUCUGUCGCAUCUGAAGGAAGUGGAACAGUUGCGCCAGGAGAAGCUGGAGAUCGAUCAGCAACUUCGCGCCAUCCAAGAGUCCUCCACGGGCUCCACACAGAGCUUCCCAGCAACGCGGCGCUCUGAGCGCGGCUACAGCAGCGACAUCGAGUCUGUGCGCUCCAUGCGCGGUGGUGGCGGCGGUCAACGUAGUCGUGGUCGUGGACGUGGUGGUGGCGGUCCUGGUGGCGGUAAUGGUCUGAAUCAACGCUAUCACAACAAUCGCCGCGAUGAGGAUGACUACAAUUCACGGGGUGAUCAUCAGCGCGACCAGCAGCGCGGCUACAACGAUCGCGGUAGUGGCGACAACAGCGGUAACUAUCGUGGCGGUGGCGCCGGCAACAACAGGCGCGGUGGAAUCAACCGUCGGCCGCCACGCAACGAACAGCAGAACGGCAGGGACUAUCAGCACCACAACCACACCGCCGAGGAGGUGCGAGAGACCCGUGAAGUGAGCAGCGUGGAGAGAGCGGACAGUAACUCGUCGUACGAGGGCAGCUCGCGGAGGCGUAGAAGGCAGAAGAACAACAAUGGACCCAGUAACACAAAUGGAGCGGUGGCCAAUAACAACAACAAACCCCAGUCGGCGCAGCAGCCGCAACAACAGCAGCAGCAGCAACUACAGCAACAGCCGACGGCGCCUGCUAACAAGGCGGCACUGAACGCCGGAGAUGCCAGCAAACAGAACAGCGGUAAUGCGAACGCCGCUGGCGGUGCGAGCAAGUCAAAGGAUGCCUCACGCAACGGGGACAAGCAGCAGGCGGGCACACAGCAGCAACAGCCGUCGCAGGUACAGCAACAGCAGGCGCCACAGCAGCAGCAACAGCAGCCGAAACCGCGACGCAACAACAAGAAUCGCAGCAACAACCACACGGACCAGCCAGCCGGACAGCAGCAGCUGACGGAGAAUGUCAAAAAAGAAGGUCUGGUCAAUGGCACGUCCUAAGCCGCCGCCAAGUGGCCAAAAAGCGGUAACAACAGCAGCAGCGACAGCAGCAACUAACGGAUUGGAAGGAACAACAUGAACACAAAUUGCACAUCGUAUAGCGGAGUAACUAUAUUGUAUGCGCAGCGGGGGCAGUUUAAUAUUCAUGUUGGUGUCUCUGAAUAUAGCCGCCACAUAACACAACCAAGAACAACAAAAAACCAACAACAACACAUCCAAGCAACAGCAGACACUAGAACAACAGCAGCAACAACAACAACAACAUUAGAAAACAACACUAACAAAUUGUUUGAGAAACUAUUAUGAGUAACUAAAAAAAAUGAAACGAAAAAAUUAAAGUACAUGAAAUAUGUAACAAAUGUAAAAGCAUAUACUAACACACAAGAAUACACUCACUUACACAUAUACAUACACACCCAAACACAGUUCGAAUUAUACACAAAAAGAAAGCAAAAAAAAAAAGAAAUAAAAGAAAAUUCAUGCCUAGGCUUAUAAUUUGAAUUGAAACUAAAAAACUAAACAAGAGAAAGCUUCAAUAACAAUCAAAAUGAAUUAUAUUUAUGUAUAAAACAAAUUCAAGGCAAUUAUUAACAAGCAAAACGAACGAAUCGAAAGGGAAACAUUGAAUAUGUAAACUAAAACUUAAACUCUAAUCCCGGAAAUUAGCGUAGUUUUUCGAAAGGAAAAUCUAAAGAAAACCUGACGACUGAGAGAGGCACUUCUAAAGGGCCUCUUUAUUUUGGCGUCGACUUGAAAAGUUUCUAGUUAUAUGCAUAUUAUAAUAAAACGAGAAUAAUAUAAUUGCAUUUUUUUGUUUUUGGUUAAAUUAAUUUUAAAUUUUGCGUCUGUCAUGAUGUGUUUUUUUGUGUAUAAUUCGUCGUGCAAGCAACAAGUUUAUUCGCCUAGCUGAUUAUCAAUUUCAAUUUUACCAUUAUUUUUUGUAUUAUUAUUGUUUAGUUUAACCAUUGUAAAUGCCAGAGCGCGUUUAGAAGUUGCUAAUAUAAAAAUUUCAACAAAAUAAACAAACGCAAGGCAAGCUCCCUGUUCGUCUUGGAGCCUUUUGCAGCGUUUCAUUGUUUAUUUUGUUCGUUACAACAUGGAAAUCCUCCUCUCUUA